UAUGUGAUUAGAUGUAAGUGGUUUGUUUAAUGAUGAGCGUCUUGGGGGAGGGAAUUAUGAUUUGAUUCACGACCAUGUCGUCCUUGGAACCUGACUUUACAACAUCUUCAGUGUGACCUUUAUAAAAGCUGUUCCUCUCUUUCCACACAUUUUAAUUAAUCCCUCCCAUUCACCCGCCCACCCUUUUCUUCUUCCGCUUUUUAAUUCUAACGGGUGCGGGAGAAGGGCAGCAGAGUAGACGUAUUGUAUUGCUUAGGAGUUUGGGAGUGAUCGUAAUGAAUUUUGUGCUGUUUUUGUUUUUGUUUUUGUUUUUGUUUGUUUGUUUGUGGGGGUGUGUUUCCCGCUGAAGAUGAGGAUUAUUAGAAGAAAACAAGGGGAGGGAAGGUGGUAGCCCCAUCCCCCUUCCCCUUCCCCUUCCCCUUCGACAAAACAUAUUAUAAAACAACCCUCACAUCUGAUAUCUAUCUAUUCCUUCCUUCCGAUUUACACACAACUGAAGAGAUAUCAUUUGGGUCUUCAACACUUUGGCAUGAUAGCCAAUACGGCCACCUCGGCCUCCCUCUCUCUUCCUUCUUCGGAGCCUUACUCGUGCUUAGAAAAUGGAAGCAGCAACAGCAACAGCAACAGCAACAAGAGGAAAAGAAGGCCUGCGGGCACCCCAGAUCCUGAUGCAGAGGUGGUGUCUCUCUCCCCAAAAACACUUCUAGAAUCGGACCGGUACGUGUGCGAGAUCUGCAACCAGGGGUUCCAGAGGGACCAGAACCUACAGAUGCACAGACGGCGGCAUAAGGUGCCUUGGAAGCUGUUGAAGAGGGAGAGUCCUGUUGUGCGGAAAAGGGUUUUCGUUUGCCCGGAGCCCAGCUGUCUGCACCACGACCCUUGCCACGCCCUCGGCGAUCUGGUUGGCAUCAAGAAGCACUUCCGAAGAAAGCACAGCAACCACAAGCAGUGGGUUUGUGAAAAGUGCUCCAAGGCCUACGCCGUUCAGUCUGAUUACAAGGCCCAUCUCAAAACCUGUGGCACCCGUGGCCACUCUUGCGAUUGCGGCCGCGUUUUCUCUAGGGUGGAGAGCUUUAUAGAGCACCAAGAUGCUUGCAAUAUGGGGCAUCUCCGGCAAGAAUCCCAAACCCUCCACCCCGCGUGUUUGUCCCGAACGGCUUCCAGUCGAAGCCCACCCAGCGACACUAACUUCACGGCGCCACCCACUGCCAUCUUCUUAGCCCCCACCGACGAUUCCAUCAACAACAACAACAAUAAUAAUAAUAAUAAUCAUAGCCAUCACAAUCUAGACCUCAAACUCUCAACUACUUCAUCAAAUGAAGGUUCUUCCACGCAACUACAGCUUUUGAUCGGGUCGUGUGAUUUUGGGGACAAGAAGAAAAGGGUGCAGUUGUUGGAUAAUGAGAAAGGUGGGGGCCGGGGGGCGGGGGGUGUUAGAGAAGAAGCGCGGGAGGAGCUAAGAGUGGCAAUGGCGGAGAAGGCGUACGCGGAGGAGGCUAGGCAACAGGUGAAGCGGCAGAUAGAAAUGGCAGAGGAAGAAUUCGUGAACGCAAAGAGGAUGAGGCAACAGGCACAGGUGGAGUUAGAUAAGGCUACAGCUCUUAAACAAGCGGCAAUAAAACAGAUAAACUCAACCCUUCUUGAGAUCACUUGUCAAGCAUGCCAGAAGCAAUUUCAAGCCAAGCCCACAACUACUACUACUACUGCACCCGCUGACCAUGACACUUCCGUAGCAUUCAGUUACGUAUCCUCAGUCAUUACAACCGAAGGUGAAGUAGAGAAAGAUCAAGCAACCCUUAUACCUAAUUAACCCUUCCCUUCCCUACCCAUCUCAUAUAUUAUUAUAUUAUAGUAUAUGGAUCAUUUUUUUUUUCAUGGUCUCCUUGAUAAAUAAUCUUCCUUAUUUUUAUUGUUUAUGUUUGUAGUGAAUAAAUAUGCAGAAAGAGUGCUGUGAUUGUAGGUCGAGGGAUGGAGUGUUGUACCCUUCGGCAGUUGAUGCUUUGUAAUUUUUUUCCCCCACCGAUAGUUUGCUAAUUAAUUAUUGCAGACUUCAAUAUAGAAUGAGCAAGCAUUUUUUGUUUGCUUUGUA